UGAAAUAUACGAGUAUUUUUAUUUCUAGCUUUGUCUGCUCAGUUUAUAUCCUCACCCCCGAACUGUCUCUCUCCAAUUAUUUUAUCUCUUUCCAAAAACAAAUCCAACUCUUUAAACAAGAACCAGUCUGGUUUUUUCAGUUUCACCUUCUGUAGCUUUAACUAAUAUCUAUCAUCAAUUCACUUAAAAUGCACCUGUCUCUAGCCCCUAAAGGUCAUGUCUUUUUUGCUAAUGGACUAAUGCUUCAGUUUUAUUUCUUCAGUGUCGAGGUUUUGUAGUUUUUGUUGGGAUUUUCUAUAUGGAUUUUGGGGUUCAGGUGGGUUUGGAUGGGUUGGUGGGUUCAGACACAAGUAAUAGUGGUUUCGCUUCUCUUGCUAGUUCAGAUCCUGAUGAAAAGCAGAAGUACGGAUCUGGGUUCCUGAAGCAAGAGAGAUCUGCCGCAGCCGAUGACGAUUGGAGGAACUCUAAAUUGGCCAAAACCGAGUCAAUGCUGCUUGACCAGAGAAACACUUUUCUUCUGAAAUCUAGCAACAACUCUCUCUUCACUGAUGGACAGCAGCAGCAGCAGAUGCUCAGCUUCUCCUGUCCCAAAUCAGCUUCUUCAGGGGAGAGAAGCUCCCCAAAUGCCAUGUUGCCAUACUUUCACCUCACAUCUUCUGCUUGUAAUAGAAAUACAGGCUACAACUCUGGAAUCUUCAAUGCUGCCAGCAUGCAUGGGGUUUUGACUGAGACUAGAUGGCCAUUCACUCAAUUACAAUGGAUGGAGCUUGAACAUCAGGCCUUGAUCUACAAAUACAUGACUGCAAAUGUGCCUAUACCAUCUAAUCUGCUCAUCCCCAUUAGGAAAGCUCUUGAUUCUGCUGGGUUUUCUAGCUUUUCUGGUGGACUUUUCAAACCCAGUGCAUUGCAAUGGGGUACUUUCCAUAUGGGUUUCUCCAGCAACACCGAUCCGGAGCCAGGACGGUGUCGAAGAACAGAUGGGAAGAAAUGGCGGUGCUCAAGAGACGCAGUUGCUGAUCAGAAGUAUUGUGAGCGGCACAUGAACAGGGGUCGCCAUCGUUCAAGAAAGCCUGUGGAAGGACAAUCAGGCCAUUCCGCUGCGGCCACCACCACUUUAAAGCCAAUGGCCAAUGGCACUUCCUCUUUUGCAUCAGCAUCAGUGGUGGGGCUUCGCAGCGCUGUGUCCGACAGCCACACUAUUGUGCAUAAUCAGCAGCAACCUGCCAGUUCUUCUAAUCUUUCUGCCACCAAUACGCUCAGCAGCAGGGUGUUCCUCGCUACAGAGAAUGGAGGUGAGAGAAUGCAAGAUGCAUCGGGCUUAUCCAUGCUACCAUCCAGCAUUGACAUGAAAUCCAAAGAAACUCCAUUCUUCAUAUCAAAACAACAGAAUUCUUACGGUGAAUCCCUGCAAAAUGAGUUUGCACUUGUCACCUCCGACUCCCUCCUCAACCAUUCACAGAAAAGCUCGUCCUUGAUGAGUUGCAGAAAUUUUGGUUCGUCUCAGGACCUUACUGACCAGGAAUCUGUUUCACAGCACUCCCUCCGCCAAUUUAUGGAUGAUUGUCCUAAAAGUCAUUCUGAUCGCUCUGCUGUUGCUUGGCCUGGACUUGAUCUGCAAUCUGAGAGAACCCAGCUAUCAAUUUCAAUCCCCAUGGCUCCUGCAGACUUUGUGUCAUCCACUUCAUCUUCAAACAAUGAAAAGAUCUCUCUCUCCCCGCUGAGAUUAUCGCGUGAAUUUGAUCCAAUAAAGAUGGGGCUGGGAGUGGGAGCCGGUAGUGUCGCCAAUGAACCAAACCAAAGGCAAGCGAAUUGGAUUCCCAUUUCUUGGGAAACUUCAAUGGGUGGUCCACUUGGGGAGGUUUUGCACAACACCAAUAAUAAUGCAACAGCAGAAUGCAAGAAUGAAUCAUCGCUCAACCUAAUGACAGAGAGAUGGGACAACAGUCCUCGGGUAGGCUCAUCUCCUACCGGGGUCUUACAAAAGUCUGCCUUUGCUUCUCUUUCAAAUAGCAGUGCUGGAAGCAGCCCAAGAGCAGAGAACAAGACCAUUGAAGGUGGCAAUCUCUGCAAUGACCUUGGAUCUACUAUCGUGCAUUCUUCAUCAUUGCCUGCCUUGUAACUCUCUGACCUGCCAUUUAAGAAGUCUUCAGCUGAUGCCAGAUUAUGAAUAAUUUGUUUUUUAAAGUUCUCAAUCAGUCUGUUAUAUAUUUUUUUUCGGAUUUUAUUAUAUGUAUUUCUUUGGGCCUUGGUGGGUUUAGAAAAAAUGUAGAUGACUUGUAGGACGAUUGCCGAUUUGCCAGACAGGUCCUUUUAAAGGCUUGUGAUUCGUAUCA